AUGCUCUUUCAACAAAACUAUUUGCCUGGUGCAUUUCCUGCCGAGAGAUUCUAUCAUCACAGUCAAAAACAUCUUCAACAACAACCACCGCUGCCGUCUUUUCCGCAGGAUAACUAUUCUCGUGUACGUCCUCCUCAUCCUGAGCUCGAUUCCAGUUUACGCAGCAACUAUCAUGUUCCACAGCAACAACAGCAUGAUCCCACGUCCUAUGUAUACCCACAGCAACAGCAACCAGGGACAAUGCCGAUCCAGCACGAUCCCGAUCAGCAGCAAGCAUCGCAAUUGUUUACUGCCACGUACUCGGCAGCCUUGAGUCAAUACCAACAGCUGUAUCAACAAUAUUACCAUGAGCAACAACAACAACCAGCACAAUCACACUAUCUACCAUCCAUCAUGCUUCCACCGCAAUCCCCUACCUUGGCAAGCUACUAUUUUGAAGGAGCCAAUGGUUGGGUCAAUCAUUAUUAUGAUCCAAAACGACGUCAAUACUUGUCGCCACGCGUGGAUCCACAUUAUCAUCAUCGUCAACAACAAUCACAUGAUAUGGGUGCAGCAGCAGCAGUCCACGCACAACAAGCACAAGUCCAAGCAGCAGCGGCAGCGGCAGCAGCAGCGGCAGCAGCAUCACAAUUGCCAACGUUGGAUAGCCUUGGGUUGAAUCCACAACAAUUUCAAAUGGCAGUACAGCAACAGCAACAACAACAACAAAUGCUUCAAAUGCGUCCAAGCACAGCAACGGAUUUCAUGCAUCAUCGCAAGAUCUCAUCUCAGCAGCAACAACCCUUGUAUCCUCAGCAACCGUAUAGCAGCAAUACCAGUCACCCACAUCAUGCCCAUCAUCAUCUUCAUGAUUAUCUUGGAUCAGCAGCAGCCUCCUCCUCCUCGUCAUCAGCACAACAAUCCAUGAUCAAUGUCGAGUAUACAGAUGAAUGGCGAGAAAACAUGUUGCAAUACGCCCACAGCUUGUACUCGAGUAAUCCACGCAAUAGCAUGUUACCUUCGAUUCUACAUGUAUUGCAUGAUGCGUUUCCUUCACAUUUGCCAACGUUGCUGCUCUUGGCAUGUGUGUAUUACACGUAUCAGGAUUAUCAAUCAUCGCUGCGUUACAAUCAAUUGAUUCUAAAGUACGAUCCCAAUUAUGUCGAAGCCAUGAGCAACAUUGGUACUACAUUACGGAGUAUGGGUCGUACAGCGGAGGCAGAACAAUGGUGGUAUCAAGCUGUCAAAUUAAGACCUGGCUAUUGGGAUGCUGUGGAGAAUCUUGUGGGUGUCUUGUGUUCGACCGGUGAUAAUCGCAACAGCACUUCGUCAUCAUCAUCGGAUCCUUUGAAUACCUCAACCAGUAGCAGUAGUAGUAAUAAAGGGGGUGUUGCUACUACUACUACUACUACUACAACUUCAACAGCAGCAACAGCAGCAGCAGCAGGGGCUGAGAAGGAAGAGGAUGACAACAACACAAAGCAACGUCAAACAACAGCGUAUCCUCGAUACAAGGAAGCAUUGGGUGUAUGUGAAUUUGUGGAGCAAUACUUUUACAAGGAGAGUAGUACUACUACUUCACCUAUCAAGCCACCCAAACAAUUGCCGGUUGCUCAAUUACCACGGUUGCAAAACUUGUUUUAUGCAAAGGGGAAUCUCAAGUAUGCAUUGGGUGACAUUGCAGGUGCACGACGCGAAUAUGAAAAGGGAUUGGAGCUUGUCUUUGGUGGAAGUCAUUUGGUGGCUGUAUCGAAUCAUAUUGCGUUGGCAUGUGGAUCCACGGCUGUCAUGGAAGCAUCGCAAUGUGGUCGUUUAUUGGAGCCUUCCGUAUUGCCUUUGGUCUUGUUGCAACCUGAUCAAGCGGUGCGUAUCAUUCAAAUUGCAUUUGCUCAAUCAGGUGGUGUGUUGCCAGGUCUUGCUCCAUUGACCCAUGGUGGUGGUGGUUCGACAAGUACGAGUAGCAGCAGCAACAGCAACAACAAUGGUGGUACGACAACGUCAUCGAAUACGGAGAAUGCCAAUGCAUUACAACAGGCAAAUCAGACGACAUCGACCAUCUUGUUAACCUUGGCCAAGUUGUUCCAGGACAUGAUGAAUCCCGCCACACCUGCCAUUGCAGCUGCAGCCACAGCAGAAGGAAGAGCUGCACCGACCAUGUCACUUUUGUUGCCAUUGUACUAUCUCAGUUUGGCAUUGCAUCCAAGUCCAUCCACAGCCAACAAUUUGGGUAUUAUUCUCAGCAACAUUUCAGGAGCGAGUGCCGCUCUUGCUGUCAAGAUGGCAACACCCAACAAUCAGCAACAACAACAGCCUGUGACAGGUACCAUGCUUGCAAUGCAAUACUACAUGUAUGGUCUUCAAUUGGAUCCACGCCAUCCACACUUGUAUACCAAUUUGGGAUCGUUGCUCAAGGACAUGGGUCAUUUGCAUGAAGCGGUGUGCAUGUAUGAAAAGGCGGUCGAGUACAAUCCACAAUUUGAUGUGGCGUUGGCCAACUUGGGUAAUGCGAUCAAGGACAUGGGUCGUGUUCAAGAUUCGGUGCAAUGGUAUCGUCGUGCUGUUGAAGUCAACCCCAACUUUGUGGAUGCUGUAUGUGGCCUUGUCAAUUCAUUGGGUGGCGUAUGCGAUUGGCGAGGACGUGGUGGUGUUGGCAAUGAACCUACCGUGGAUGCCUAUGGUCAUUUUGUGCCAGCUACUACAAGUAAUGGCGACAUGAAUGCACGCAGUGGAUGGAUUGGUCGUGUGGUGGACAUUGUUGAAAAACAAUUGGAUGAAGGUGCCGUUUGGGGUGUGGGCAUUCUCAAGCAGCAAGUGGAACAAAACAAGUCCUUGGGUGAAUACUUGGCCGAAAUGUUGGUGCAUACAACAACAUCAACGAGUGGUGGUGAUCAUCAUCAAGAACAAUUGGUGCAACUCUGGACGCAGCGUUUGGCGCAUUAUGCAGAUGGCAACAGCAAAAAGACGAAUGAAGGUGGAUGGGUGAUUCGCAUGAUCGAACGCAUCUUGCGUCGAUUACAACGACGCUGGUACGUCGAACACUAUGGCACAGCAAUCAAGAGCAGCACUCUACAGCCAUCCAUUGUUGUCACUGAAAAGGAGGCCUUGUGUUAUCGACGACCUGCAAUUCCUGGCAACUUGGCAGCACCUCCUGUGCCUACGGUGUUACCCUUUCACACAUUUACGUAUCCAUUGAGUGCUCGACAAGUACGACUCAUUUCACAUCGCAAUGCGUUACGUAUUUCACAUGGUACAUUGACAUCAUCAUGGGUGGCAGGCCAUGUGUAUCCACCUCCACCGCCUCCUGCACCAAGGUUACGUGUGGGUUAUGUGUCUUCGGAUUUCAACAAUCAUCCAUUGGCUCAUUUGAUGCAAUCGGUGUUUGGCUUUCAUGAUCGGGUACGCUAUGAGGUGUUUUGCUAUGCGACGACCCCCAGUGAUGGAUCGCCUUAUCGACACAAGAUUGAACGUGAAUCGGAGCACUUUAUUGAUGUAUCGGGAUGGUCGAAUCAACAAGUGGUGGAACGCAUUGUACAAGAUGGGAUCCAUGUGCUUGUCAAUCUCAAUGGAUAUACCAAAGGGGCAAGAAAUGAAAUCUUUGCUGCUCGUCCUAGCCCUGUGCAAUGCUCCUUUAUGGGGUUUGCUGGUACUUUGGGUGGUGGUUGGUGCGAUUGGAUUAUUGCCGAUCCUAUUGUAUGUCCUCCUGAGAUGGUCAGUUGCGAAGUAUGGCGUUCUCGAUCUCGACGAUUGCAAGAAGAUGGCACUGGUGGUGGUGAUUUCGAAGGUGAUAUCGAUCCAGAAGAGGAUACGGAUGAUUUUGUCUACACUGAAAAGUUCAUCUACAUGCCACACUCGUAUUUUGUCAAUGAUCACAAGCAAGGUUUUCGUGAAGAUGAUGAGUCAUCAAAGACAGAGUCAACAGCACCAGUAACAACAAGCACCAACAAUACCGAUACGUUAUGGGAUCAAGAACAAGAUCGACGAUGGACAAUGCGACAAGAAGUGUUCCCCACUUUGCCUCAUGAUGUGGUGAUCUUUGCCAAUUUCAAUCAGUUGUACAAGCUUGAGCCAGGCACUUUUCGUAUGUGGUUGCGUAUAUUGGAACGUGUGCCUCAUUCGGUCUUGUGGUUGCUACGUUUCCCACCUGCUGGUGAACGGCAUUUACGACGCUGUGCUACUGAAUGGGCGGGUCCUCAAGUGGCGAAUCGGGUCAUUUUCACCGACGUGGCACCCAAGCAUGUGCAUAUUCAUCGAGGACGUGUGGCGGAUAUCUUUUUGGAUACACCUGAAUGCAAUGCACACACUACAGCGGCGGACAUUUUAUGGUCGGGCACACCUAUUGUCACUUGGCCGAAAUACAUGCACAAAAUGUGUUCACGUGUGGGUGCAAGUAUUGCUCAAGCGACUGGAUUUGGCUCUGAGAUGGUGGUGGAGACUGAACAAGCGUAUGAGGAUCGUGCCGUGCAAUUGGCGCUUGGCUUGCAAUAUUCAUUCACAAGUGCUGGACAACGCAGGGGUCAUGGUGAAUUGAUGGAUUUGCGUAAACGACUUUAUCUUUCAAGAGAAUCAAGUCGUCUUUUCGAUACGGCACGAUGGACCUUGAAUUUGGAACGAGGCUAUUCAGAAGCAUGGCGACGUUGGGUCACAGGUCAAGAAUUCGAAGAUGUGGUGCAAGAUACUUCCAAUCCUGGUAGCAUUUGGGUGGUGGAUCCUGAUGACAAGUAA